AUACUUUGCCUGCAGACUUCAGGCGGACUCAGAUAGCUGCACAGUUACACAGAUAUGUGUGAGAAUAAAGAAAGCCACAGCAGAGAAUCAGUUUACUGGAGCUAUAGUACUGUACAGACAUGGUGUCCUGCAAAGUCUAUAUCCUGGCCCCUCUGUGGAUCCUCUUUCUGACACAAGCUUGCAGAGGAGAUGAGCUGUCCAGGGAGGCGGUGUUGUCCUGGUUCAGAGAGCGGGUUCUGCAGGGCCUGGAUUUAGAGGAGCCUCCUCAGACAACAAUGCAAGGUCCAGAUGGGGGUACAGUGGAGCAAGAGGCAAGGCAAGCACCCCUGAGUGCCCCGAGGGUUAGCAGGACUUCAAGAGUGCGGGUCAACCAGCAAACCAGCCCCAGCCAGGAUACCACUCAGGUUAUUGUCUUCCCAACUUCAGACUCCUGUUCCCCGUCCGACUCAGAGCCUGCAGACACCCCCAACAGCCAAUUUACCUACUACUUCAAACCCUCAGUGAACAACCAUGAGACCCGGCUCACAUCAGCCUACUUCUGGUUCUACGCAGGAGAAGAAUCUUUAACCAACACCUCCGCCCAGCUCUUCAUCCUCACUUCAGCUCAGCAGCUCCUUCAAGCUGCAGAGUCUGCAUCCCUGACGAGCUCUGAUGGAUGGCUCACCUUUGACCUCAAUCAGAAGCUGCUGGCGUUUGUGUCUGAGGGUCCGAUCCUGCUCCAGGUGCACUGCCCGGCUUGUGAGUGCCAUGCGGACAAACCAGACAAGAUGCCGUUCCUCCACCUCCACAUUCAGCCUCGUGGUCCUGUUCGAUCCCCCCGUCAGGCCCCUGUAACCAUCCCCUGGUCUCCCUCCGCCAUCGACCUCCUCCAGCGGCCCUCCCAGGAGAGACCCCGGCACAGCGACUGCCACCGAGAAGAGAUCCAGAUCAGCUUUGAGGAGCUGGGCUGGGACAACUGGAUCAUCCACCCCAAGGUGCUGACGUUCUACUACUGCAGCGGGAACUGCUCGGCCUGGGAUCGGACCAGCGCCAUGCUGGGGAUCACGCAGUGCUGCGCUCCGACGCCGGGGUCGAUGAGGUCGCUGAGGAUCACCACGACGUCUGAUGGAGGGUACUCGUUCAAGUACGAGACCCUGCCUAACAUCAUACCUGAAGAGUGCACUUGUAUUUGAAGACUACACAUUAAAGGGCCAGUUCUUAUUUACGUCUUGAUUAAUCCAUUUGACAUUUUAAAUGCUUUAAUUAGCUUAAACCUGAGCAUUACCUCCAAAUCCAUGCACAUUCAAUCAAAUUCCUUUCUCUGCAAGUUAAAAAAUGUGUUGCAAUUUGGGUGAACUGACCCUUUAAACCUCUGCUUCAAACUACAGUUCCCUUUCUUAUCUCCUGCAUGUUUGUGUCACUUUUAUUUAGCUGCCAUGUGGAAAUAAAACACCUGAAGAUCUGCAGUUUCUUGCCUUGCCUGUGUUAUAGCUUAUCACCACUAGAGGGCAGUAUAGGCUUACUUUUGGAGGAGCUUCUUUCCAUGAAUACCUUUAAAACUGUCUGAAAUCUGCUGUUACUGAGGAUACUAUCAUGCAAUUAAAUCACAGGUUUGUA